AUGGUUGUACCCAUAGUAUUAGGAAUUGGAGUAACAGUACUAGCAUUAACAACAAAAGCAACAUUAUCAGCAUAUAGACAAUACUUACAUCUAACACCAUCAAUGAUAGCUACAUUAAACAAUAUAAAACUAAUAAACCCUCAAGAUUCAACAUGGAUAAAAAAAUCAGAUCCUAGAUAUAAACAUUAUCAAUUUUUAAAACUGAAAUAUCCUAAUAAAAAUUUUAAUCAAACAAUGACUGAACAAGAAGCAUUAUUUAUAUUAGGUAUAGAAGGUGAUGAUAUACUAAAUUUAGAUAAAAAAUUAAUUAGAGAAAGGUAUAGAAAAUUAAUGGGUUAUAAUCAUCCUGAUAAAAAUGGUAGUUUAUAUUUAAGUCAAAAAAUUAAUGAAGCAAAAGAUAUUUUGGAUAAAAGUUAUAUGGUUAAUAAAUAA